GAGGGAGAGAGAGAGAGAGAGAGAUGAAAAGCAUGCUAAGCGAGAGAGAGGCGCUCAUACUGAAGGAGGCAGAGGCAACAGCUACAGCAACAGCACGCUCCUUCCCCAUCCUCCCUCUCUCCUCUCAUAAUCCCACAUCCACGCCGGGGGAGAUGGAGGGCACCCUGACCCGCUGAGGAGUUCUGACCGAGGGAGAGGAAAGUCUCACGUGAGCCUCCCCCCUUCUUCAGUGAAGGCCUGGAUCAUUUUUUGGGGGGGCAAUAAUCAACAAGGCGUGAAAGGAGGUGUGUAGCCACGAGCCUGCCGGCGGGAGGGAGGGAGGGAGAAGGAGAGAGAAGAGGGGGAUGAGUGGUAGGUCUGGUACAGCUGCUGAUGCCAGGGUCUGACAGCAAGGCAGACUGAGGGAGAUCUGAGGAGGAGUGAAGGUUUCUCGCACGUGUGGAGCAGCGUCGGCAACUUGUGGGCCAAAGAGGAGAAACCGAUUCCACAUACGCACUCAGCUGGACAGAUGAGGAGGCAUCAGGGACCACGCUUCAGUCCUGGGUGUCUGGUGCACUGACCCUGCCUGCAACAGGCGAGGAGUCAGAGGACCAGGGCCAUGAUUGGCUCUCCUGGCCCUGGUGGGCGUGCCUUAGUGCCGUGGCCGAGGGUGUGGCGGUGGGUCCUGGCUGCUUCACUGGCAGCUGCGGUAACUUUGACGCUGCCGGGAAGCAGCCAGGCCUGCCCGCCACGGUGCGAGUGCUCGGCCCAGCUGAGGUCGGUGUCGUGCCAGCGGCGGAGGCUCACCAACAUCCCGGAGGGCAUCCCCACUGAGACACAGCUCCUGGACCUCAGCAAGAACCGGCUCCGCUGGGUGCAGACGGGUGACCUGACACCGUACCCACGGCUGGAGGAAGUGGACCUCAGUGAGAACCUCAUCGCCACAUUAGAGCCGAAUGCCUUCUCAACCCUCCAGAGUCUUAAAGUGCUGAAGUUAAGGGGCAACCAGCUGAAGUUAGUGCCCAUGGGGGCUUUUGCCAAGCUGGGCAAUCUGACCAGCCUGGACCUGAGCGAGAACAAGAUGGUGAUUUUACUGGACUACACCUUCCAGGACCUGAGGAGUCUGAAACACCUGGAGGUGGGAGACAACGACCUGGUUUAUAUUUCCCACAAGGCCUUCUCAGGGCUGAUGGGGCUGGAGGAUCUCACAAUAGCACGCUGCAACCUGACAUCCAUCUCUGGCCAGACGCUGUCCUACCUCCGCAGCCUGGUCACUCUUCGCCUUCAUCACCUCAGCAUCACUGCCCUGGAGGACCAGAACUUCCGCAAGCUGUCCAACCUGCGGGGUCUGGAUAUCGAUCACUGGCCGUACCUGGAGUACAUCUCCCCUCUGAGUUUUCAGGGCCUGGACCUCCACUGGCUCUCAAUCACCAACACCAACAUCACCUCCGUCCCCUCGGCCUCCUUCAAGAACCUGGUGCACCUCACGCACCUCAACCUGUCCUACAAUCCCAUCACCACACUGGAGCCUUGGGCUUUCAAGGACCUGCUGAGGCUGAAGGAGCUCAUGAUGGUGAGCACCGGGUUGGUGACGGUGGAGCCCCACGCCCUCGGAGGUCUCCGACAGAUCCGGGUCCUCAACUUCUCAUCCAACGACCUGCAGACUCUGGAAGAGGGCUCCUUCCACUCUGUCAACAGCCUGGAGACCCUCAGAGUGGACGGGAACCCCCUGCUGUGUGACUGCCGUCUGUUGUGGAUCCUGCAGAGACGCAAGACCCUCAACUUUGACGGCAGAGUGCCGGUGUGUGCGGGGCCGGUGGAGGUGCAGGGGGUCAGCCUCAGCACCUUCACCGAUUCUGCACUCUUCGAUCACUUCACAUGCCAAAAACCUAAGAUACGCAACCGUAAGAUGCAGCAGGUAAUCGCUCGUGAAGGCCAGCCAGUGAGUUUUCUGUGUCGAGCUGAAGGGGAACCCGCACCUGCUAUCGUCUGGAUUUCCCCACAGAGAAGACGAAUCACGUCCAAGACUUCAGGGCGCAUCACUGUUCUCCCCAGUGGCACCCUGGAGAUCCGCUACGCCCAGCUUACUGACAGUGGAACGUACAUCUGCAUCGCCAGUAACGCUGGAGGCAAUGACACCUACUUCGCCACGCUCACCGUGCGCGGACAGCCACUCGAUGCCGCCUCAGCCUUCUUUCUCAACCGCUCGCUGUACAGCGGCGAGUUCUUCAACGACACAAAUCUGAAUAGCACACGCGUUUUCCUCAAGUUCACCUUGGACCUGACCACCAUCUUGGUCUCCACGGCAAUGGGUUGCAUCACCUUCCUGGGGGUCGUCCUCUUCUGUUUCCUGCUGCUGUUCGUGUGGAGCCGGGGACGCGGCCAACGCAAGAACAACUUCACAGUGGAGUACUCUUUCCGGAAAUCUGAACCCGCCACCGGAGGCUCUUCAGGAGGGACCAGGAAGUUCAACAUGAAGAUGAUAUGAAACAACGCAGCCAGGGGUCCCUCGGGGGAGGCAUGAGCACGUCCCAAAAACGUGUUUGACGCACACAAACGCACACAGCCACUGACUCGCAAAGAAGUAUGAAUUUAAGUUCCUGUCUAUGGCUCUAGUCUAAAUUGAACGGCCACAUAAAAACCAGAGCCAAGACUCAAUUUGGUUUGAUUUGUGAAAGACAAACAAAAUGACCCUGAUCUCUCUGCCUCUCAGUGUUUUUAUUCAGCUUGUGGCUUCAAACCAUGUUUGAUACUGUAAGGAACAGCAGUGUUGAAAGAGCUCUUUGUCAUUCAUGCUUGAUAAGAAGAGAGUUAAGAUUUAUAGGAGUUAAGUUGUAAAUUGGCAUGAUUACUGAGCUGUGGAGCGCUGGUAGUCCUGUCUCUCGGUUAUAUUAAUGAGAAAAUGAAAAAGAUUUGCUUUUUCAUUUAAAUUUCCCUUUACUGUACUCCGUGCAGUAAGGGAUUUGAAAAGAAACAUAAUACAGAGAGACCUGGCUACGAGCCAUUUAUAGAGUUUGUAGCUAUGCUCGUCUAAAGUCUGCCUUGUUAAGAAUUAUGCAUGUAGAUUUGCAGUUGAGAGUUAAGUUGUAAAUUCGCAUCACUGAAUAAAACAUGGUUUUCAAAGACAGUUGAAUAUGUUUUCUAUAGAACAUAUAUAUAAUAUAAUAAUAUACAGCCACUGUGGAUUAUGUUGGGUCAAAUGCUUCAUUAACAUCACCAUACGCCAUUUGCUUUAAUGAAAUUAAAGCUUAAUGGAUGCAUAGAAUAAGAUCUGGUGAGAAUCAGUGGGUUUGGAUCACAUUAAUGACAAAUGGACAAAAGAAACAGAAUUCGGCCUUUUUCCUUCUUUGUGAGAUUCUGCGACAACAUAAAGCUGUGUGAGUUUGGGACGAGCGCACUGGCCGAGAGCUGCCGCGGCCGCCUGUGGCCCGGAGGGUUUGGUUAGGAAGUCAAGCCCACCGGACACAGGCUGCCACGGUAACCAUAGCAACCAACACAAGAGAGAGCAACCGGUCCAGGCCGGCGGCCGCAGGAGGGGAGCAGGGGAGGGAGGACGUAAGUCGCCGUGACCUCUGCUUUCUCUCCUCCUACAUCACCAUGCCCAUUCACGCUCUUUGAGCUGCGUGUGAAGGUCGACCCGCCGGCCUCAUCCUGCCCUCUGCUGUGUUGGUGGUCGCCUGACCUCACCAACGCUGCCCGGGGGGAGCAGCCUGGAGAGUCAGGGUCAUGCUUGGAGGCAGACAGAGGACACACGGUCCCACAAGUACAUGAUCACAUACAACACUCAACAUCCCAGUAGUGGAAGACACACAGCAGCAGCAGCAGCAGCAGCACGUGUACAGCACCUUUUCUCAGGAAAAGUGCAACUAGCCUGCAGAGUGGUUACACAUGUUCACUCUGUUCAAAUGUAACAUUCCAGCAAUACUGUAUGUAGAGCCAUAAAGCCAAAAUUCAUUCUCCCAGAGAGAACUGAUGUAAAUUUGUGCGUGAAGAAACAAAGCCAUAGUUUGUGUAGUGUAGAUGUUUUUUUAUACAGUAGCGUGUGCAUGAUUCAGUUAUAUAAUUAUCGCCACUGCCAUCUUACAAGCUGUCGUGAUGAUCACAAGACCAUCUGCUGUCACUGUGCUUCACCUCAUUACACACAGACACACAAACACCACAGAGAAAAGAGGUAAAACCACAUCAAGGUUGUUCGGACCGAUAGGAGCAACAGUCACAGUUACACAUGAAUAAACACGUGAACCUGUGUGCGACGUUGACUGCUCUCUGUCUGUCUCUGAGACGGCUGGUGUGUGAAUGUCUCUGCCCCCCUAGCCCAGUGCAUCCCCCCUCCUCACCCCUUACACCCCCCACACACACCCCCCACUGGGUCCUCCUUUGGGAGGGGUCCCUGGCUGGAGACCGAGGAUUCAAAAUGUAAAUGAAGUCGUGUUAACCCUACCCACGCCAUGUGCAUCGCAUAGUGGAGAGUAGUACUGUGGUUUUAAAAACAGAAAAAAAAAAAUAUAACGAGAAAAACUUUCUUUGAGGUGUUCUGUUGAUUCAGUUGUUGUUCUCUGUGACCUUUUGGCUGUUUACCGUUUUACAGCUCCUCAUCCUCCAUGUGGGACUGUUCUGUUCUCAACACCUCAUGAAGCACGCCGGGGUGUGUGUGUUCACAUCUCAGUGUGUACAGAAGCUGGAGGCAGACAGCAACAUGUCGAUCAAGAUGCAAUCUUAAGCAAUGGUUCAUGCAAGGAGUGAGAAAGAAAGAAAUAUUUGCCGAAUUGAUUGUUUUGUUCACCCAGCAGAUGCUUCCCACCAGCAGCUUUGCACAUCAGAACGGCGAUUGUUGACCUGUAGGUUAAAGGGAAAGUAAAAGAAAUCAAAUAUGUUUGAUUUAAUCCCACCAAAACACACAGUGGUGCACAAACAGCAUAAGGCUAUAUAAGUUUGACUGGGUUAGAAAAAAAUCUUAGCUUGAGCUGUGGUGGGAAAAGACAUUUUACUUAGAAAAAGUUGUAAUGCUACAGAGUAAAAGUAAUCUGUACAAAUAAAAGUUCUGCAUUUAAAAUCUUAUUUUAGUAAAAAAAAAAAUUACAAAGCACUGAUUGCAUCAUAAAGAACAUAAAGUCAAAAUACACAUGAUGCAGGUUAGCUCAAUUGAGGGUGAUAAAUAUGAUAUAAUUGGAUUGUAAUUAUUGAUUCAGUAGUGUAUAUCACUUUAAUGGUACAUCUGGACUUAAAAUGAUUUUUUUUGCUAUAUACUUCUGAAUAGCUUAAUCUCUAAUACAUAACAUAAUUGAUAACCAAAGCACAAUGUUCUACAAAUUUCAAAUAAUGUUCUUUUUUUGUUCCUAUAAUGUUUUUCUUAAAGGCUGGCUAAAGUUUCCUUAAAGACUUUACUGUCAAAAUGUUCUUAAAAAAUUCCCCAACGUCCUUCCUUUGUUAUCAUGUAACAUUGUGGGAACAUUUAAAAUGAAUGUUCCAUAAUGUGUUACCAUGACAACAUCCCGAAAACAUACUAGAAAUAUCGCAGGCUAAAUGUUCUGCCCUUGUUAAUAUUUUAUUUAUUAAAACACAGUCUGUCUUCUGAGGCCUCGAUAACAUUUUUGAAGACAUUUUUUGAAUGUUGGUUUGAGAACCUUCUUCUUUUGUUGUCAUGAAACAUAAUCUGACAACCUUGACAACAUUCUCCAGAACAUUCUCUCAAUGCUCCAAUUAAAAUGUUCUUAUUUAAAGUUUAACCUUACACAUCGUUUUGAAUGAGAAAUAUCUUUAAUACGUUCUUUCACAGUCAGUACAAGAUGUUUUCUUUACAACACUACAAGAACUUGUAAUGAAAUGCUAGUGUUGUGGAAACAUCCCCUGCUAUCUGGGGAUGUUUUAAAAUGAAUGUAUACUUGCCUUCAAAAUAUAGUGGAGUAAAAGCACAAAGUAGUAUAACAUGGAAAUACCUAAGUAAAGUAUAUCAAAAUUGUACUUCAGCACAGUAUUUGAGGUAAUAUACAUUCCACCGCUGAACAUUAAAAGCAUUUCAGGAGUUUGCAAAAAGACAGCUCCUCAUUUUAGGUCAUACUGUAAAUAAAUAAAUGUUUUUGAACUUCUGAUCUAAAGCACCACCUACAACACUUUACAUAACCAGUUUAUGUUUUGGAGAUAGUUUUCCCCAGGUAAGAGAAAACCUCAGACUCUCAAAACUUUUGCAAAAUAAAUCCAACAUACUCCCUUUUUGUCCCUUUGUAAGGGAUGAUGAAAGCACAGCUUCUGUGUCAGGAUGAAUAACUGAACAGCUUUUAAAGAUUCAUGAGGCCGAAUGAGAAUAGAUGAACAAAUUGGCCUGGUUUUUAACACAGACUUCAACAGCGUCUGCAGCCAUUUUGGUUCCCGUGGUGUUGAGAACAGGACGCUGCCUUCAUGGACAUCUCCUCUCCCAGAGUCGACCCUUCUGUGUUUCCGUUCCCCCUGUUUCUCAGUGGAAACUAGGCUUAGAAGACAGUGAGACUGUCUGUAGUGUUUGUCGAUGGUGUUAUUGCGUAAACAUCAUACACAAAUGUAGGCGUAGAUGAGGAUGUGUUUCAUUUUAGUACCUUCUUCUUCUUCUCCUCCCCUCUUUGCCGUCCUCCUCCCCCCUCUUCCUCUCCCUCCUUGUCUUCUUUGCAUUUCCAACCCUCGUUGUCCCUGUUCACAGUAUUAGGCUGGAAUAUGGUUGUGUGGUAGUAGACACGUGUUCUGUGUGGUUGGUGUUGUCGUGUUAUGGUUGUGUUGCUCCUCAUGAUGACAUCUAACACGGAGCAGUGAUUGGAACAGUGGAGAUAAGAGAUGAAAGGGGUGACCCAGGUUCCCUGAAAAAAAAACAAAACACUGGUUCCCAUUUCACACCCUACCCAUUCCUGAAAAGAACAAAACAUAUCUGGAACUUUCCCGCUCUGCACAGUGUCGCUCUGGGAUCUUUCUCUGGAUAUAGAAACCAAUGGACUGGACUGGAUGUAUUUUGUCUUGAUGAUAUCUUGUCACACUUUAACAAAUGCAGAAAAGGGGUUGGGAUGUUGACUAAAAGCUUACAGUCACUCUCUGCUCACUGAGGUACAAUGAGUCAUCUUCACACUGUUCAUUCAUCGAAAAGUGACAUUUCAGAACUGGUCACGGUUGGAAACAAGCGCCUGUAACUAUUCACUAAGUCUUUGAAAGAUGGAGGAGCUAAUUUUGCUUCAAGCUAAAAAAAAAAAGAAAAAAUCUGUCCAACUGAAUUUUGCUUCAUUUUCAGAGCGUUUAGGAGUAUGUUAAGCAUUAUAAGUGACAUCUCUGGCAGUUGCCAAGCAAUUCUUCAGCAGCUCUCCUCCAGUGCACACAGCUUUGCAGCCAAGCCACUUCACUUCACUGACAGACUCUCUGUGUUUGUAGAUACCAGUGGAGGCGAGCUUGAUUCAUCUCCUCUGCCAUGUUUCUGGAGAAAGUAGGCUGAGCGAUCCCCCGCUCCCUCCUCUGGUUUGUCCUUGCCUGGGGUUGCUGUAGUGUAGUCUAGACGCCCCAUUUACAGCAGCAGCAGCAGCAGCAGCAGCAGCAGCAGCAGCAGCAGCAGCAGCAGCCGCCUCACAGUUAGGAUGCUUUCCACUGGGAAACUCUUCAAAGACGCAGACCAAAAUAAGAAAAACCCUAAGAUGCCAUAAUCAUUGCGUCAUUAGCAGCCAAGCCUGAAAUAUUCAGCUUAUUUUGGGGUUUCUAACACUGUUUCCAUUCUAUUUCUUAAUUAAGAAGGCUUUGCUUUCACCCCUCAGAGCUGUUUUCUCAAUGUCUUGGACAAGAAAGAAUAAUUUCAGUCCCACCUUUAAGGCUGCAUUUUUCAUGGACUUUGUCUUCGUUCUUUUCGGAUUCAGUAUUAGCGCCGACUAAAUCAUCUCUCACUCCACAUCCCACAGCUGCUGCGGUUCUGAUUGGAUUAGACUUGAGUUGAAUUUUCAGAGCUGAGACCAGCAGUAAUGGGAUGAUGGAGAAGUGAGCUCGGCUGAUUGGGUGAUUACUUGGCUUAUUAGUCCCAUUUUCAUAAGAGGCCUCUCAGAACAGAGUGUCAUACAAAUACUGGAGUCUGGAUUCAGUGGGUUUCCAGACAGAAAUAUGGCAUGUGGAGGUUUUCCUCGAUUGGCCAAAGAGAUGUUGUCGUUGCUGGCUGGACAUUCAGGUAGAACUGGGCUUGUAGCAGAGCUUUGCUGAAAGAUUGUUUAAAGCACCUUGCAUAAAGAGCUGCUUCAUCUUAACCUUAACCAGACGAUUACCAGCCCCUCUUCUAUGUGACAAUAGUGACCCCCAGUGGUCAGUAGGUGGAACAGCAACAAACAUACUGCUGAUGCUGAUGUACCAGUAAUGUACAGGAUGGUAAAUUCAAACCAACAGCUCUGGGCCUCUUAACAGUGAAACGCUGAAGAGAGAAAAUUGACUGUUAGCUUCAUAAGUCAGUGUUUCACUGAUUUCCUUAUAGCCAUAGCGUGACCUCCUCUCUGCGCUGGGUGUGAGGGGCUGCUGUUUGCUUUCUGACACCUGCAAAGUUAUCAGGAGUGGCCUCCAUCUGAUCAAAAUCGACACCUGGUUUUCUGGGACUCAGUCUGUAGAUUUAACACGUUCUGAUGGCCCCUGCCAGCUUCACUAAGACAUGACAAACUAAAAAAAAAAAAACAAACGCAGCAUCAUUCUUUCUCUCUAUAUGACCGAGUGCUGAUCAGCAAAUGAUUGGUUUACUCUCUAGAGACAAAUAAUUUUUUAAAAAGUGGCUUUUUGUUCUCGUGGUCUUAGAAGGUUAAAUCUAUGCAUGCCUUUUGUAUACAGUGAUUGGUCUUGCCAGACGUGUACGGAGAGCCAUGGGUGCCAUUGUUGCUGGCCAUGGGACUGGUUGAAACAAAGUGCAAGUGUUAAAACGUGAUGUGAAGAAUAUCUAAAUAAGCGUGCAUCUUACAUAGGAAACAUUUGUUUACUCGGGAUGAUUGUACUUUCACACAUAUCUAUCCACAAACAGACGACCUGCUCAGAUGUAUAAGCUGUAGAUAAAGCGAUUGAUAUUCCAAGCAGGAUGGUGGGACUGAUCAAUGCUGUAUGGGGAUAGGAUUAUUAAUGGCAUACUUUCAUUGAUCUAUCUUGAACCUUGUCACUCUCCCAGAAUCCCUCUGGAGGAGUAGGAGGAGGCAUACGGAGCUCUUACAGACCUGGUUGGCACUCAUUCCUGGGUUUCCACAUUACCUUUUCAUGACAAUUUCCUCUUUUAAGAACGAGAUGGUGCCAAUUUUUUUACUUUUAUCCUCCAGGUCUGAGCCAAUAUUACGCUCUCCCGCCUCUCCCACUCUUCAGAGGAAGCUUGAUGUAGCUCUGUGUUUGUUGGAGUCCUCUAAUAGAAAAAAAAGCAAAUACUAAAAAAAAAAAAUAUCAAGGGUAAUUCUUAGAUUUGGCUGGUGUAAACUCAUCCUCUCCUCUCCUUUUCUGUCUCUUAUUCUCCUCCUGUCUGCUUCUCUCUCUCUUUCUUUCUCUUCAUCAACCUGGCACCGACCUCGUUAAGCGUUUUAGAACAGUUUUCUUUGAUCGCUCUCAGUUUUUGCACUAAUGCAUAUUUGCUCCUCUUUGACAUGGUCAUUACUGACUUCUGAAACCUGGGAAUGGGUGCUGAGGGCUCCAAUUAAAUGCAGAGCUGAUUAAAAAAAAGAAUAGUAGUUCAACUUGUUACUUUGAAUGGUGACAAACUAUCAGUCAUCAGUGCACAUGACUGGCUCAUCAAAGAGACUGUUACACGAUAAAUACCAAAUUUGGACUUUUUGAUCCUGUCUGACCGCGACUGGAUUUUUAACAUGUAUAUUUUGUGGCGUAGCGUGUGGAUCCUUGGAUGCAAAGAGCAGAAACUGUACAUAUUAGAUCUCUUAGCCAUUUCAUGUCAUCAGAUCUGUAGACCUCCUUGCCAUGUCUGACAGAGGAAAAUGACUGUUGAACUGUAAAUAGUGUAGGUAUAAUAGCAUAGGAUUUAACUGCUGCUUCUUUCCUCCAGGGAUCGCCCAUGUUUUGUUCAGUCCCAUGGCUGCUUGGUCUCAAAGGGAAGGAAAAGACAAUAAUGUACUUGUCUAUAGAAACACUUAUGAGUUCUUUUUUUAUUUCAAUGUAUGUUUUAUAUACUGUCUGUCUUGUAAAUGAACUCCUUUUUCGUCAUAAAAGCAUGAUGUGACUCUGUCAAA